CCGGAAGCUGUUACCCUGGUUCGUGAGGGAAAUCAGGCUGACAGAUCUACAAAGGUGCAGCUUUCGUUAGGAUGAUCCAGCACAACGUUCAUAUAGUUAUACAGUUCACAGGAGAGGACAAUGUGGACCAUGAUGUGACCAGAGCUUCCCCCAUUAACAUUACAAUUUGCAAAUAUAGGUUCCUGGCCUCUGGUUUAAUGAACUCAGCUUGUUGAGGGACAAACUGCAACGGGAGUCCUGACCAGCUUGAUAAGUAAAUCAACUUUUGUGAGAAAACAACCAAAACAUGCAGAGUGGCAACAGGAUUUGCUGUAUUACCUGGAUUCAAGGAACCAACUUGAUAAUGAGUGAUCAGUGUACAGGUAUUGAACAAUUGAAUACACUCACUACGGAACCAGGAAUGCCGCAAGGCCUGGACCCUCUCCACUUGCUGCAUAUCCUGCAAGCACUUUGGACAAAGAAAGAGAUUCAUGAGCUCCCAGAAGCAGCGAGGCGAGGAUUUGCUUCCCUCACUGACCCACUGGAAGGGCUCUUGGUCAUGUUGGAGAACUGCCAUGACUGGAGGAACUGGAGAAAGGGAAAGCCACAGACUCUGGCACAUUACAUCAUCGACCAGCUCUGCAAUUGGAUUAAAGAUAAUGGCAGAGUCCCCCAGCCAACCAAGCUGCAAGCAAGAGUGUUCUCUUUGCUCACUGAGGUUCCUGCGAACAUGUUGGAUCAGCUGGCCAGCCUGUAUGAAGUGGACAAGGCUGACAGAUCCUCUCAACUUGGUCUGAUCAAUGGUCUGUGCAUCAAGGGCAAGUACAAAGAGGCUGCCUUGCUGAGUAUAAAGUUGGGCCUGCAGCCAGAGCUGGAUAUGGAGCAGGUCUGCAUCCCACUUUUGCUUCAGGAUAAAGUGAGCCUGGUCGAGGCCUAUGUAGCUGACUGUCCAGGACUACAACGUGCCUUGUUGCAGCUGCUGGAUUCCUGGUGCCAUUCGAUGGCCAAUAUUGCAGACAUCCAAAGGCGUUAUGAAAAACUGUCACACCUGAGAUGGAAUAAAUUGAAUCGUAAAGCUUUGAGUAAACUAGUGAUCAGACUGAUGGAGCUUUAUGACAUUAAUCCAGAGUUCUGCCCAAAUGUCAUGAACCAGCGCCAAGUGGCUUCCAUCAAAUACCUCUUGUAUAAACGCUUUAUGGAGAGAAGCAUGAGCGAAGAGAACUGGUCAGAACACAUUGAGGCUGUCGUGGGAUAUAACCCCCAACUUCGGCUGCAGUUUGUGACCUUAUUGGCAAGAUACACAGAUAUAGACACAGUUGCUCGCUGGGUCCUGAGGCUUAAUGUGCCCAGAGAAAAAUUAGCGUAUCACGUUGCUGAACGACUGAAGCAACUGGAGAGAGUCAAAGCGAUAAGUUUAGAGAACCAUUUUGUGGAGGAGAGUAUAGAAGAGAUACAGAACAAGAAGAAGUUCUACUAUCAGCUGCCGAUUCCAACUGAGUGUAUUCAUUUCCUGGACCAUCUGGAUCAGUUGAAGAGCUGUGCAGCCCGUGUACUACAGGCUGGUGGCAUUCUAGGGAUCGAUAUGGAGUGGAGGCCCACAUUUGGGGUGUUAACCCGUUCACGAGUGUCUCUCAUACAGAUUGCGAUGAAAGACUGUGUGUACCUUCUGGACUUGCCUCAGCUUGUAAAUCAGUCUGAAUCUGAGUGUCGGCGACCUGAACUUACCCAAUUCAUUCAGACUUUGUUCACUGAUCAAACCAUAACUAAACUAGGUUAUGCUACAACAGGGGAUUUGCGGACUCUGUCUGUAGCCUACCCCAUGUUAAAGGAUGUGGUGCAGCACACAGCGGGAGUGUUGGACCUUUUAAAUGUGCACAAAGAGCUGCAGAAAAUGCCAUGUCGAAGACAGGACAAAAGCAGGGGUGUGGAAGUGCUGAUGUCAGAGGAUGGUGUAAACUGUGGGAACAGCCAUGGUGAAAAGGGGCUUAGUCUCCUUGUGCAGUGCGUGCUGGGGAAAUCACUGGAUAAAACGGAGCAGCUAUCUAACUGGGAGAAGCGGCCUCUCCGGCCCCAGCAGGUCAUUUAUGCAGCAUCUGAUGCCUACUGCCUGCUGGAUGUAUAUGAUGCCCUACAUCGGGACCCACAACGCUUUGGCUUGAACUGCAGCUUUGAAGAAUUUUUGAUGUUCAAAAUGGAGAAGAAGACAAGGGGAAUGAAAGAAAAGAAAAACAAGAGUAGUCCGACCUUACCCUUUCAGUGUGCUCAGAUCCCACAGCCAAACUCAUUAAAGGCAUCAUCCUUCCCUCCUUUAUCACCCUCCGAAUUCAAUGUUGUCUGUGACAACAUGUUGCAGGGGCUGGGUCGGUACCUGCGUUGUCUUGGAGUAGAUGUGAAGAUUCUGGAGAAUGAUGAUCAUCACAGGAAGGCUGCUGAGAUUGCUUGCAAAGACAACCGAUUCAUUCUGACCUGUGGUUUACCCUAUCAUGCAUUGCGUUCACAGGUGGCUGAAGGCCGCUGCCUCUCUCUGAACUGCUCAGAUAAAGCCAAGGACCAGGCAAUUACUGUGCUGAAGCACUUCAACGUGCAGAUCACUCCAAAAGACAUCUUCAGUCGCUGUCAGGUCUGUAAUGGGGCUGAAUACCUGAAGCUUCCAGUGGAAGAGAUGCGACAAGCUGUCCAGUUGAAAGCUUGCUCAGGAAGAGCAAUGUGUACAGAUCCUCCAACUGCAAUGAGGAGCUCCUCCAGUGCAGACCAGGCUGUGGUGUCUCCACAGACAGACGCUGGCAACUACUUGGGUCAGGCAGGCAGAUGCUCGUACAAUCCCCGGUGUCAUUGGGCAGACAAAUCUCGGCUUGAUUUGAAGACGCUGAAGUUUACGAGUGGUGCAGUUUUGCAGGUGGAGACCAUUCCACCUGGGAUCCUGGACAAAGUUGUCAUGUUUUACUGCUGUGUUUCAUGUGGCAAAGUGUUCUGGGAGGGUUCUCACUUCAACCGAAUAGUGUCCCAAUUCCAGGAGGUGCUCCAUGUGACUGACAAGAAGACAUUUUACCACCCGUGACAGGUUUUGAUGCUGCAUUGGGAAGUCAAUAUUCAUCUUAGAAUAGGCAGAGGAAAUGCUCGUCAGUGAGGCAGUGCCUAGUUUUGCUGCUUUAUUUCUCCACACAUUGCAGCUCUUCUAUUAAGCACGCUGUUGAUACCGGUCUGAAGAAAGCAUGCCGGGGUUACAUCCAAUCAUUGCGUCAGUGAUUGGCGAGUCAAACUAUUUGCCACCUGUUCCCACCUGACCCUACCACUCACCCUGUCCUCAUCCUGCCACUGACCCCACCUUCACUAUUGCAGGUGAGAAAGUGCCUGUUCUGAAGCUGCUGCAUGUUAUUCUGGUCUGCGUGGUUGUUUUAAUGGCCACAGAGACUGAUUUGAAUCAAAAGCUGCAAGUUUCUAAAGUGAGUCUCUCAAUCUUCUACCAGAAAUUCUGCAAAGUGCAGGUAGCUCUUUUUUUUAAAAGAGGUUUCCUGGAUCACAUUUUACAGUAAUAAACUGGACAUUUGCCAAGUUGCUGUGCUGUUUGUUACUACUGAAAUAAGAGAAUAUGAUUGCCGUAAUGCCAUAAGGUGCAUUGCUAAAGAUUUCAUUUUAAAUAUUUCAAGAAAAAUCCUAAACAGAUGUAAAGAACAUUAUAAUUUUUAUUGAUUGGCUAAAGGAUAGAGAAAGCCAUUUGGCCCAUCAUGUCCAUGUUGGUUCAGCAAGGACAACUCAACCAAAUUCCACCCAUCACCAUUUCCAUCCAGCCCUGCAAUUCUUUCUGCUCUGAAAAUGGUGCAAUUUGCAAAAUGAUGCUCUUUUAAAACCUGCCAUUGCAACAGGCUUCUUCACAUUUGUGCACAUUGUACUCUAAAUCCACUCUUCACAAAAAAAAUUGUUUCUCCUCAUAUUGCCCUUGCUUCUGCUGCCAAUUUACUGAAAUAUCUCUCUCUGGUUUUUGAUCAUUUCACCAAGGGAGCAGUUUUUCACAAUCUACUCUGUCCAAACAUGUCUUGAUUUUGAACACCUUGGUAAGAUCUCCUGUCAACUUCCUCCCACAAGAAGAACAGUCCCAGCUUCUCCCAUCUAUCCAUGUUUCUGAAGUUCCUCAUUCCUGGAACUCCUGCUGUGCAUAUUUUGACACCCUCUUAAAAGCCUUUAUAUCCUUCUUAAAGUGGGUGUCCACAGAUGGACACAGUACUCCAGUUAAGGCCAAACCAGUUUCUGACACAAGUCUAAUGUAAUUUUUUUUAAAAAACUUGUUUCUUGGGAUGUGGGUGUCUCUGUGUCAGCCAGCAUUUAUUGACCAUCCCUAGCUGGCCUUGAGAAGGUGGUGGUGGUGAGUUUCCCUCUUCAUAACUCCAAGAUAAAGACCCAGUGACACUGGAUGAACAGUGAUAUAACUCCAAAUCAGGAUGGCGAGUUGCUUGAAGAGAUAAUUGCAGGUGAUGGUGUUCUCGUGGAUCUGUUGUAUUGUCCUUCUAGAUGGAAAUGGUCGUGGAUUUGGGAGGUGCUCUCUAAGGAUCUUUGCUGAAUUUCUGCAGUGCAUUUUGUAGACAGUACACACAGUUAUUACUGAGCAUUGGUAGUGGAGGGAGUGAAUGUUUCUGAAGGUGGUGCCAAUCAAGUGGGCUACUAUGUCCUGGAUGGUGUCAAGCUUCUUGAGCAUGUCACGCACCCAUCCGAGGCAAGUAAGGAGUAUUCCAUCACACUCCUAUAGAUGGUGGACAGGCUUUGGGAUUCAAAAAAUUAGUCACUCACUGCAGGAUUCCUCACCUCUGACCAGCUCUUUUAGCCACAAUAUAUGGUUUGUCCAGUUCAGUUUCCAGACACUCACGUGAGUUAUUUGAGCUGUAAUGUCCUGAAAUAAUUUUGGUUGUCUGAAAACUCCUGAGAGGGAAGCCUGUCAUUGCUGCAAUAAUAGCGGAUGAAGUUUAAUCCAGGCAAAUUAUUUGAUGCAUUUUAGGAGAUCUCUUGGAGGAGAGAAAUAUGCAGUAACGGGUAGUACCCUUAGUAGCAUAAAUAUACAUAGCGAUCUAGCCGUAUGGGUCCACAGUUCCCUGAAAUUGGCAACACAAGUGGAUAAGACAGUCAAGAAGACAUGUGGCACGCUUGUCUUCAUCGGUCAGGCCCACAGUAUAAAAAUUGACAGGUCAUGUUGCAGCUGUACCGAAUUUUACUUAGGACAUAUUUGGAAUAUUGGUUGCUGCACAACCAGAAGGUUAUGGCGACUUUACCAGGAUGUUGCCUGUGUUGGAGGGUAUUAGCUAUGAGGACAGAUUGGAUAAACAUGGUUUAUUUUCACUUGAACAUCGAAAGAUGAGGGGCGAUCUGUUAGAAGUUGACGAUAUUAUUAGAGACUUGGAUAGAAUGGAUUGUCAGAGUCUUUUUCUCAGUGUGGAAGUGUCACUUACUAGAGAAUAUAGGUUUAACAACAAUGACCUGAAAUUUCCCCAAGUUCAACUGGAUGAGUUUACUUUGUCGGGGCUAAGGACAGCACAAAGAACAGUACUACACAGGAACAGGACCUUCAACCAACAAGAUUGCUCUGACACACAAUGCCUUUCUAAGCUAAAAACCUUUUGUCUCUAUGUUGUCCGUAUCCCUCCAUAAUCCAUGCCUAUUCAUACAUCUGUCAUAUAUAUUGUUAUUCCAUACAUCUGCCUCUUAAACCUUGCUAUUCUAUCUGCUCCACCAGCUCUGCUGGCAGUAUACUCCAGGCACUUACCACCCUCCCUGUGAAAGAUUUGCUUUUCUCAGCUGCUUUAAACUUGCCCCUUUUGUUUUAAACCUAUGUUUCUUAGAAAUGCAUUUUCCUUUCUGCAUUAAAUCUCCCAAAAUGCAUCAAUCUGCAUUUGUCUAGAUUAAACUCCAUCUACCAUCUGCCUGGGGUGGCUUAGUGGGUAGCACUGCUGCCUCACAGCACCAGGGAUCCGGGUUCAAUUCCACUGUCUCUGUGGAGUUUGCACGUUCUCCCUUUGUCUGCUUGGGUUUCUUCUGGGUGCUCUGGUUUCCUCCCACAUUCCAAAGAUGUGCAGGUUAGGUGGAUUGGCCAUGCUAAAUUGCCCGUAGUGUUCAGGGAUGUGUAGAUUAGGUGGGUUAUAGGAAGAUGGGUCUGGGUAGGAUGCUCUGAAGGUCAGCGUGGACUUGUUGGGCCAAAGGGCCCGUUUCUACACUUGUAGCCAUUUUAUGAAAUCGUUCUCCAGCCAAGCUCAUCCCUCUCCUGCUGUAUCCUAUGGCAAUUCUCUUCACCAUCCGCAGCUCGCCCAAGCUUUUUGUUAUCUGCAAAGUAACUAAUUGGGCCACCUACAUUCUCCUCCAAAUCAUUUAUAAAUAUUACGAACACCAUUGGGCACAGAUUUCCAAGUGGAAAAACACCCUCUAAUGCUAAUCUCUGUCUUCUAUGACUAAACCAGUUAUGUAUCCAUCUUACUGGCUAAAUGCGGGUCCCAUGUGACUUUUGUAUCAAUCUGCCGUAUCAAUUUGCUAAAGUCCAUUUAGAUAUCUACCACCCUGCGCUAAUCAAUCAUAUUCGUCACUUCCUCAGAAAACUGAAUCUAAUUUUGAGACAUGUCCUUCCCUGCACAAAGCUAUGCUGCCUAUCACCAAUAAGUACAUAUUUUCCCAAAUGUGAGUAAAUCCUAUCACUAAGAAUCUCCUCCAGUAAUUUCCUUACGACUGCAUAAUGUUGACUGGCCUGUAGGAUUAUCCCUGUUGCCCUUAAAUAAAGGAACAACAUAGGAUAUUCUGCAGUCCUCUGGGACCUCUCCUGUGACUAAAGAGGAUACAAAGAUUCCAUACAAGGUCCCAGCAGUUUCCUCACCUGCCCCUACCCCCCACCCAACCAUUCUGGGUCCCAUUAGGCCCUGGAAAUUUUCCAUCUUAAUGUUUUUCAAAACACUCAUCAUCACUUCCUCUCUUAUGUCGACAUGCCGUAGAAUAUCAACAAAGUCCUCCCAAGACUUAGCAUACACCAUGACCUUCUUCUUUGUGAAUACUGAUGCAAAGUAUUUGUUAAAGACCUCACCCACUUCCUCCAGCUCCAUGCAUAAAUUCCCUCCUUUGUCCUUGAGUGGACCUAACCUUUCCCUAUAUAUAAAAGGCUUUGGAACUUUGCUUAAACUUGUUUGCCAAAGACAUUUCAUGACCUUGCUUAGCCCUCCUAAUUCCUUAUAGAGUCAUAGAAAUGUACAGCAUGCAAAAAACAUUUCAGUCCAACCUAUCCAUGCCAGCCAGAUAUCUGAAAUUAAUUUUGUCCUAUUUAACAGGAUUUGGCCCCUAUCCAUCUUAAACCCUUCCUGUUCAUGUACCAAUCCAGAUACCUUUUACAUGUUGUAAUUAUACCAGCCUCCGCCACUUCCUCUGGCAAUUUUCAGUUCUUUCCUUCUGUCUUUGUAUUCUUUGAGGGCUCUGUCUGUCUUCAGUUUCUUAUACCUUACAUAUGCCUCCUUUUAUUUUGAGUAUGGUCUCAGUUUCUCUUGCCAUCCAAUGUUCCUGAAUCUUGUCAUCCUCAUCCUUCCCAGUUUGGGUGCGGCCAGGGGCAUUCAGCUCCUAACCUCAUUACAGCCUUGGUUCAAACAUAUGCAGAAGAAUUCCAAAGCUUUGAGGUGAGAGUGACAGGCCUUGGCGUCAAAUCCAUAUUUAACCGAGCAGGGCAUCAAGGAACCCUAGGAAAACUGAAAUCAGUUGGAAUCGGGGCAAGCUCUCCACUGGUUGAUGUCGUAUCUACCACGUAGGAAGAUGUUUGUGGUUGUUAGUGAUCAGUCAUCAAAGCUCAAGGACAUCUGUACAUGUGUUCUUCAGGAUAUGUCCUUAGCCUAGCCGUCUUUAGCUGCUUCAUCAAUUAUCUUGCCUCCACUAUAAGGUCAGAAGUGGGGAAAUUUGAUGAUGAUUGCGAAAUGUUCAGCACCAUUUGUGACUUCUCAGAUACUGAAGCAGUUUACGUACAAAUGCAACUAGGCCUGAAGUAACAGGCUUGGACUGACAAGUGGCAAAUAAUAUUCACACCAAACAAAUGCCAGGUAAUAAUUAUCAAUAAGAGACAAUCUAGCCAAACCACGCCUUGACAUUCGAUGGUAUUAUCAUCACUGAAUCCCCCACUAUCAAAAUCCUGAGGUUUCCUAUUGACCAGAAUCUCAACUGGACUCACCAUAUAAACACAGUAACUACAAAAAUAGAUCAAAGGUUAGGAAUACUUUGAAACCCAAGACCAUGUCCAUCUAGAAGGAUAAGAGAAAUAGGUUACUAGGAACACCACCACGUGCAACUCCCCUCCAAGCCACUCGCCAUCCUGACUUGGAAAUAUGUCACUGUUCCUUCAUUGUUGUUGGGUCAAAAUCCUGAAAUUCCUUCCAUUAGGGCAUUAUGGACCUACCUACAGCACAUGAAUUGCAGUGGUUCAAGAAGGAAUCUCAUCACCACCUUCCAAAGGGUAACUAGGGAUAACAAUAAGUGCUGGCCCAGCCAGCACAGCCCACGUCCCUUGAAUGAAUAAAAUUAAAGGUUUCAAAAGUGACCUGCAUAAAUUUUGGAUUUAGCGGGCUUUGAAGUUAGGACUAGAGAAUAGGAUGAGCUGGAUAACUCUUUUGGGACCUAAUGCACACAUGAUCAGUUGAAUGGCCUCCUUGUCUGGUAAAAUUCUAUGAUUCUAUGGCAGAUGUGGAUUAAAACAUUUUCAUCCGAGGGCCUUCUUGGUGCUGUAGAUCUCUAUGACUAUAUGAACCACAGGUAAACAGGAGUGAAGAAGUCAUUUGGUAUGCUUGCCUUUAUUGGUCAGUGCCUUGAGUAUCGGAGUUGGGAUGUCAUGUUGUGCUGUACCAUAUAUUGGUAAGGCCAUUUCUGGAAAAUUGCAUUCAAUUUUGGUCAUUCUGCUAAAGGAAAGAUGUUGUUAAACUUGAAAGGGUGCAGAAAAGAUUUACCAUCAUGUUGCUGGGUUUGGAGAAUUUGAGCUACAGAGAGAGACUGAAUAAGCUGGGGUUAUUUUCCCUGGAGCAUCAUUAACUAAACCUUCCAGAGGUUUAUAACAUCAUGAGGGACAGGGUGAAUAGUCAAGGUCUUUUCCCUAUUGUAGGAGAGUCCAAAACUAGAGGGGAUAGGUUUAAGGUGAGAGAAGAAGGAUAUAAAAGGGAUCUACAGGGCAACUUUUCACAUAGAGGGUUGUCAUAUAUGGAACAAGCUGCCAGAGGAAGUGGUAGAGAUUGGUACAGUUACAGCAUUUAAAAAAGCAUGUGGAUGGGUACAUGAAUAGGAAGGGUUUAGAAGGUUAUGGGCAAAUGCUGGCAAAUGGGAUUAUAUUGAUUUAGCAUGUCUGGUCACCAAAAACAAAUUGGACUGAAGGAUCUCUUCCUGUGCUGUAUAACGCUCUGACUCUUGACACACACACACAGGAUAUGCCCUGCAGCCCACAUCUUCACCAGGUCCUGUCCAAUAUCCAGGCUGAGCAGCUGUGCACAAAAACUGGACAUCCCAGCAUGACUUUACACCUAAAAGAGCAAGGAGGAAAGAACGAUUUAUGUGUAAAACCUUUUCACCUCAACCUUUCAAUUGUUCACCAAAACCCCUUCCCCUGCUGGGAUUUGGGAAAAUAGACCUCUCAGGUAAGCCCUUCCAAAUCUGUCAGAAUAUGCCAGCAUUGGCCUGUGUGUCUGCUGUGUUCACCAUAACUUCCAACCCUGAAGCCCUGAGGGAUCAGGAUUGUACCUUCCUGCUCGCAUUCUCUCUCUCACUCACUCUCUCUCUCUCUCUCUCUCACUCACACACACACACACACACCCUAUUUACAUGUUUCAGGAUGACAUUGAGUCCCACUCAGGCUCAGUUCCUUCCUUCCCUUGGAGCUUGUGACCUUCUGUUCCCAGGGUUUUAAACCCUCUCAGAGACCUAAACCCUCUUUCACCCCUAGCCUAAGACCCUCACUCAACCUAGGACUCCACACACUCCCACCCCACUGGUUGAGAGUCUCCCCAACCCCAUUUCUCUCAGGUCUAAAACUCUCCCUGCAGUGAAACCCAUAUGCUUAGUAAAUGUCAGCAUCUCAAAGAACUUCACCUCAGAGGAUGGUCAAACUGCUGUAGUAUUAAGGCAUUGAAAGGAGGUCAGGAAGGAUUGACAAAGAAUUGCUGUGGGGGUCAGUAUUGUUAGGAGAAUGAUAAGAAAAUUAAAUAUAUAUGUCUCAAUGAAUAGAGAGAGAGAAAUUGAUUUCAAUUAUUGAGGAAUGGUCACCAGAACUAUUUGGACAGCUUUUAAGUAAACAAAUAUCCAGAUGUGCUGAUCAGAGGGCUUUAAACUAAAUACUAGGAGUUUGGCCAGGGUUCAUACAAGGAAUGAUUUGGAAUGUUAAGUGGAAAGAACAAGAGUUGAGAUGUGGGUAAUGGCAGCCAUUAGUAUGAAGUUGGAAGAGACAGAGUGUACAAAGAUAAAAAUGCUGUGUGAUCAGGUAUGUGGCAGAUCUUUGAUUCCUCUUUAGCCACAGGCAAGGUCCCAGAAGACUAGAGAAUAGCCAGUGUUCUUGCUUUGUUCAAGAAGGGCAACAGGGAUAAUCCAGAAAAGUAUAGGCUGGUGAGCCUUCCAUCAGUGGUACGGCAAUUGUUGGGGAAGAUUCUUAGUGACAGGAUUUAUUUGCAUAUGGAGAAGAAUAGUCUAACUAGGGAUAAUCAGCAUGGCUUUCUGCAGGGGAGGUCUUGUCUCACAAACUUGAUUGAGUUUUUUGAGGAAGAGAUGACGACGAUUAAUGAGGGUGAGGUCAUUGUCUACGCGGACUUUAAUAAAGCACUUGACAAGGUCCCUAAUGGUCGGCUGGAGGAAUCAAACUGCAUGGAAUCCGUGGUGAGUUGGUAAUUUGGAUACAUAAUUUGCUUGGCCAUAGAAGACAGAGUGUAGUUGUAGAGGGGCUUUUCUGACUGGAGAUCUGUGACCAGUGGAGUUCUGCAAGGAUCAGUGUUGCAAGCUGUGUUGUCUGUCAGAUAUAUAAAUGAUUUGGAUGAAGCUGUUGGUGUUCUGAUUAGCAAGUCUGCAGAUCACAUGAAAAUUGAUAGGGUUGUGUAUAGUGAGGAAGGAUAUUGAAAGGAUGCAGCUGGAUAUGGAUCAGCUCUAAAUUUAGAUGGAGAAAUGGCAGAUGCAGUUUAAUUCAGACAAGUGAGAGGUGAUUUUAGGAUGUCAAUUUCAAGAGGAAAGUAUACAGUAAAUGGCUGGACCCUCAGGAGCAUUGAUAUACUGAGGGAUCUUGGGGUCCAAGACCAUAGCUUCCUACAAGUGGCAACACAAGUGGAUAAGGUAUCAAAGAGGGCAGAUGGCCUGCUUGCCUUCAUCAAUAAGGGCAUUGGGUAGAAAAGGUUGCACGUUAUGCGCAAGACUUUGGUCAGGCCACAUUUAAAGUCAUUGAGUCAUGAAGUAAUACAGCAUGCAAACAGGUACCAUGCUGACCAUGGUGCCCACUCAGCUAUUUCCGUUUGUCUGCGUUUGGUCCAAAUCCCUCUAAACCCUUCCCACCCAUGUACCUAUCCAAAUAUUUUAUAGUACCAGCCUCAACCACUUUCUCUGGCAGUUCAUUCCAUAUACACACCACUGUCUGUGUGAAUUAGUUGCCCCUCAGGGCAAUUAAAUUAAACCUUUGGCCUCUUACCUUAAACCUAUGCCCGUCAUGAUUUUAUACACCUCAAUAAGGUCACCCCUCAUUCUCCUAUGUUCGAAGGAAUGAAAUCCUAUACUGGACAACCUCUCCCUAUAACUCAGGCCUACUAGUCCUGGCAACAUCCUUGUAAAAUCUUCUUUAUACACUUCCUAGUCUAACUAUGUCUUUCCUAUAACAGGAUGAGAAAAACUGUACAGAAUACCCCAAGUGCAGCUUCACCAAUGACGUAUACAACUGUAACAUAACGUCCCAACUCCAGUACUCAAUGUCUCAACCGAUGAAGGCCAGCAUGCUAAAUGCCUUCUUCACCACCCUGUCAACCUGUGAUGCCGCUUUCAACGAGCUAUGUACUUGUACUCCUGUGCCCCGGUGUUCCACAACAUUCCUCACACCCUUACCAUUCACUGUAUAAGUCCUACCUUGGUUUGACUUUCCAAAGUGUAACACCUCACACUAAUAAGUAUUGAACCACAUUUGCCAAUCCUCAGCCCAUUUCCCCAUCUGAUCAAGACCCAUCUGUAUUUUUUGAUUUGAGAGAUUUUCCUCGUAAGUGUGCUCCUACACUUUAUAGUCAUCUAGGGAUUGACUUGAGCCUGAUAACUAACACCCAAUGCCUUCUUCUUUCUCUUUACCAGAGCCUCAAUAUCGCUCAUCAGUCAGGGAUCUCUAACCUGCCAGCUUUUCCCUUCACCGUGACAGGGACAUACUGUUCCAGGACUCUUGACAUCACACUUUUAAUCGCCUCCCAUUUGCCAGUCAUUCCUUUUCCUUCAAAAAGACUCACCCAGUCGACUGCUGCUAGAUCCUGCUUAAUGGCCCCAAAAUUGGAUCCUGCUCCAGUUUAGUAUCUUAACCUGUGGACAAUAUCCUAUCUUUUUCCAUUACUGUAUGAGUUAUGGUCACUGGACCCAAAGUGCUGUCUGACUGACACUUCAGCCUUAGAAUCUUAGACUUUGGGUCCAAUGUUGCAGCCUCCCGAGUAGGGCCCUCUACAUGUUGAUUUAAGAAACUUUCUUGAAUAUGUUUGAUAAAUUCCACCCCUUUCUGGCCUUGUACACUCUGAGUGGCCCAGUCAAUAAAGGGGAUAUUAAAAUCUCCAACGAGUGCUACUCUGUUAUUCCUACAGAUAUCUGCAAUCUCUACUCAUCUGCUCCUCUUGUACCCAUUGGCUAUUUGGUCUACACUAUAGUCCCAACAGAGUGACCAUCCCCAUUUUGUUUCCAAGUUCUAAACAUAUGGUCUCAUUUGAUGACUGCUUAAUAAUAUCCUCUACAAGUGCUGUUUGUUAUGUGCUCCCUUAUCAAAAGGGCAACUCCCCCUCCUCACUUACUUAUACUUCUCUCACCCCUGUAGCUUCUGUAUCCUGGAACAUUGAGCUGCCAGGCCUGCCCUUCUCUCAGCUAUGUUUCUGUUAUGGCGAUAAUACCCAGUCCAUAGAGCCAAUCCACGCACUCUGCUCAUCUGCCUUACCAGGCAGGCCUCGUGUAUUGAAAUAAAUGUGCUUUAAACUAGAGGUCUUUUCCCUCCCUUUACUGUGCCCCUGGCUAUUCUGAAUAGUAAACUUAUUCUCAAUGGCUAUGUAUUUAGAGUACUAUGCGCAGUUCUGUUUCCUGGUCUAUAGGAAGGAUGUGGAGGCUUUGAAAAGGGCGCAGAAGAGGUUUACCAGGAUGCUGCCUAGAUUGAAGUGUACUAGUCACAAGGAGAAGUUGGACAAGCUUGGAUUGUUUUGCUAGAGCAUCAAAAACUGAGGGGCAUCCUGGGAGAAGUACGUAAACUUAUGAGAGACCUGGAUAGUUGGAGAGUCUUUCCUAGGGUGGAAAUGUCAAAUACGUGGGUGUGCCUGGGGGAUGGAGUCAGUUAGGUUUAAGAUUGGAGUGAGAAUGUUUAAAGUAAGGAAAGCUUUUUUUAAAAAAGAGGAUAGUAGAUGUCAGAAAUGCGCUGCCAGGAGAGGCGGGAGAAGUAGGUGUGAUAGCAAAUCUUAAGAGGCUUUUAGACAGACAAAUGAACAGGUAGAAAAUAGAGGGAUACAGACCAUGUGCAGGCAGAUGGGAUUAGUUUAGUAUAGCAUCAUGGCUCAGACAUGAUAGGCCAAAGGACCUGUUCCUGUGCUGUACUGUCUUAUGUUCUGUAUGGUAAGAGUAGGGAAAGUGGCUUUAAGCUAAAGAGGGAUAGCAGGGCAUAGAUCUGUCUCAUUAACCUGGCCCAGGAGAAGGCCUUUGGAUGUGCUCUCAGAAAUCGGGUUUGAUGGGAAAUGUGUAAUUGUCUACGAACGCUACAACAAACAUCAAAAACAUGGUUUAAAUCAAUGUCUGGGAAACAGAAAGCAUUCUGAUCUAAUCUGGAGUCAGUCAAGGUUGCUGUCUCUCCCCUGUCCUGUUUGUGUGUUGUAUAGAAACCUUUGCCAAGUUUUUCAGGAAGGCUAUGAGGAAAAGAGUGGCGAUGAUUCAGGAAGUGGAGGCACUUUGCUCAAACCCUCCCUGCAAAUGGACAACAUCCCUGUUUUUUGCUCAGAUCCACUUUGGGUGUGCUGAUUAAUUAAUAUCUGAGACUAAUUCAAACUGCCUCAGGAGCCAAGGUAAAUCCAGGCAAGAGAAAUGCCAUUCUCUUUGGACCUGAGUCAGCCAAUCCUUUGUUCCCUUCACUGCUAGGUCAGAUUACUUGAAUGUUGCCGGGCAUAAAUUCAGAGGAGCUAGGGGAGGCAGUAAAAUCUGAAAGGAGUGAGUGUCCAUGCGAGAAACAAAAUUGAACAUUACUUCCUUCCCGUUGUGGAAUAAGGACCUUAGCAUCAGGUUCAAGACUGUCUAGGUGUUGCUGUGCAUGACACAGGUCUUCACUUCUUUGCUAUGAUGAUCAUUCAAGCCAUCUUCUGCUUUCUCUAACUGUCAACGAUGGACUGUGUUUACGCAUAGCUCUAGAUAAAGGUAGAUACCCACCAUUGAUCUCAUCUUGAUCAUCUUUGUGUGUCACUGCACUAAGCUGUCCAUAGACGGUCUGUACAUAAACACCAAGUGUCAGUACGUACUGAGACUCUACCUGUCCCUGGGGCUGAGAGGAUGGGUUUGACCAGGUUGCCACAAACUUGGAUCUUGGCAUACCACCUGUCUGUCAUGGAGAUGUUUGUGCAGACAAACUCCUUUGACCACAAGUCUAUCAAACAGUGGUCAGCCUGGAAGCCCGGCAGGGAAAUGAGAAAGUUGUUCUCUUCAGGUGGUUCUCUAAGCAGAUUCAAGAGUCAUUUGGCAGAAUGCUUCAUCACCAGAACUUUCCCAGCAAGCAGUAAGACUUAGCCUCGUUGAUGGUGAGAAGGGCCCUUCCUGUCAGCUCCUCCAUACAAACUUGGAGCCUCACCAGACACGGCCCCCACCCUGCCUUUUACCUUUUACCUUUAAGCUGGCCGUGGUAGGGAAGAGACUAUUGCCGACCUCCUCAUUCAGGAACAUGUUAUGCAGCCCUGUUAUGGACCAGACCAGACCAGACUCCGUCAAAAUGUUUUAUGAAGGUAGUCUAGACCCUAACUUCUUCUGAUUUUAAAUGCAAAUAUAACAUGCUGUGUUCCAGAUGCAAAUUGACUGGUCAAACUACUUGACUUAAGCAAAAUGCAAUUUAUUCAAACACUAUACUUAAAGUACAACAAAAGAAAGAAGAACUUAGAGUAACAACUCUACUGGAAAACCUAACAGAAUAAUAAAUACAGUAGCUAUUACUAAUUAACUGUUCCAAUGCAGUAAAAUCCCAUAAACAUUCCCCUUGGCAAAAAGGCAAAUUCAAGAAAAUAAAUAAAUUUGUCUCACAGGUAACCCAGAAGCAGAGAGAAACCCCAGCUUCUAGAUGUAAGCAAGAGAGAGAAAAAUAAAGCUUCUACUUCUUCAAAACUCCAGCAGUUUCUAUCCUGUUGAGACUCUAAAGCUAAAUACAAACACUAAAAAAAACUUGAAAGCCUGGUCUAUGAGAACUAGCUACAUCCAGCCAGGCUGCUUCUAUUGUUCCAACUUUUUAAAAAAAGCUGAAGGCCUCACAAGCUGUUUAUUUUUCUGACUUCCAAGUAAAUAGCUCAUCACCUCUAACUUAAAACCUCUCUUUAACAACAAAGGACAAAAUAACUGUCUUAAAGCCACAACAUCAUCACACUCUGAGACAAACAUCAUCUAUGCUGACAGAAUCAUUGAUUUGGUGAAAGAUGUCAAAACCUGCUUUUCACUGCAGGGAGUUUUCCAUGACCAAAUGUUACAGACUCGCGAACUCCAACAUACAGGGCUAUGUGCAGAGGGAGGCGCAAGUUUCAUUUUGUUAACUGUUGUAUAAGGUGUAGUGGGGUAAGGUUGCUAAGGGUGCUAGCUGCUUUCAAUUAUAAUAUGCCAAGGAGCUGAAAACUGUAAUAUCCCUCAGGCUUGAGCGUCACAUAAUGUAAAUUGUAAGUCAAGACUAUUAAAAAUGUAUUGAAGCAUCUUAGAGUGUAACAUGUUCUAUGGAGAACCUUAUAAUGAUUGUAGUAUUUAUAAUUUGAAAGGUUUUGCCCUCAGGCUGCAUCAUUGACGAGGAAUGUAUUUCCUCAAUUUCUUCAAAAUUUUCUGAAGAAGGGUGAAGGCCCAAAAUGUUCAUCCAGCUCUACACCUUGUAUAUCUCAGAUUCUCCAGCAUCUGCAGUUCCUACUAUCUCUGAAACAUAAAGUUAGUGUGCAGAUACGGCAAACAAUUAGGAAAACUAAUGGGUUUUUUUUGCAAAGAAAUUGGAGGAUAGCAAUAAAGAAAUGUUCCUACCAUUUGUAUGGUACUUUGGUGAGUCCACACCUGCAAUAGUAUGUACAGUUUUGUUCUCUUAAUUUAAGGAAGACUGAACUUGCAUUGGAAUCAGCACAGCAAAGGUGCUCAUAAUUGAUCUCUCAAAUGAGGGAGUUGUCCUAUAAUGAGUUUAAGUAACUUGAGUAAAUUAGGUCCAUAUUUUCUGGAGUUAAAAGGAAACACAAAGCUAGCACUUGGGGUGCAGCAGGUAAUCAGGCAGGUUAAUGGAAUGUUGGCCCUUAAUUCAAGGGAUGUGGAGAAAGAGAAAAGCCAAGUCUUACUACAACUGUACCUGGUGGUGAUGAAACCAUAUCUGGAGGGAGCAGUUUUGGUUCCUCCUUAUUUAAUGAGAAAUAUCACUCUGCUGGAGGUAGUUCAGAGAAAGUUCACUAGGAUGAUACCUGGUAUGGAGGGAUUUGCUUAUGAGCAAAGACUAAACAGCUUAGGACAGCUAAUGGGAAUUUAGAAGAAUAAGACGUCAUCUCUUUGGAAUAUAACUUGUUCUUAAGGGGCUUGACAGGGUCAUUGCUGAGAGGAUGUUUCACCUAAUGGGAGAGUUUAGGAUCAGAGGGCUUAAGUCUCAGGACAAAGGUGUUCCAAUUUAAUACUAAGAUGUGGAGGAAUUAUGUUUCCAAGAGGGUUGAAAGUUUUUGGAACUCACUGCUAAAGAGAACAGUGGGAACAGAGUCCUUGUGUAUAUCAAAAGCUGAGAUAGAUAGGUAAAUUCUUCAGAUGGGGAAUGAAGGGUUAUGGAGAAAGGGCAGGAAAGUGGAUAUGAGGAAUGUGGGCUUAGCCAUGAUCCCAUUGAAUGGUGAAGCAGGCUUGAGGGCUGAAUGGCCUACUCUGUUCCUAUUUCUUAUUUUGUAUGGAAUAAGAAGGGAUCUCAUUGAGACCAAGAGAUUCUUGUAGUAGAGAAUGCCAGGAUCCACAUCAUGUCCAUGGUUAUAGGUGUGUUUUUGGGUGGGGCAUGGUGAAAUGGUAUAGGUUCAAGCAUUUAGAAUUUAGAUGAACAAAAAUGUUAUGAACCUUUGGAAUUCUCUACCGGAGAGGGUAGAGUAUAUCCUCUCCACUGUUACAUUUAUUCAGGCUGGGAUUGACAGAUUUUGGGUUUCCAAAGGAAUGAAGGGACAUGGGGAGAGGGUGGCUAAGCGGAAUUGAAGCCUAAGGCUUUGACAUAAUCAUAUAGAAUGGCACAGCAAGUUCGAGGAGCUGAACGGUCUACUAUUUCUUUUUAAUCCGAAUAUUUAUUCAUUUCUAUGUGUGUCGGUGUGAAUUUGUGUCUAGCUGCCAGUCACUGUCUGAAUAGUGUGACAACAUUCUCUCUGUGUAUCCGAUUAUCAUUGGAUUAAAAAAUUUCUGAAUAUA